CAUAAACCUGCGUGCCAUUCCUUCCGUGGCCACCAAAUUUAUUCAAAAGGUCAAUUGCCGUACACAUCGGUGUGUUGAACACUAUCUUGAGUUGUGAUGUUUUCCGCUGUUUCCCUAGCUGCGGCGGGGUUCCUGGGCCUAGUCACAUUAACCCGUUGCGAGGAGGUUUCUAGUCUACGUUCAAACUAUGCGCGAGACUUUCAACUGACACACGACUUUCCAAUUGCUGGAAACAAUGGAUCAAGUCUGUUUCCUAUGCGCCCAUGCCGCGGUUUUCAGCUGGAAGAAGCGAGUAUAGACGAUAUCCAGAGGUUGCUGACAUCGCGGGCCCUGUCCAGCGUCGACCUCGUGUCCUGCUAUCUGGAGCGCGUUUAUCAAACCAGCAACUACCUCAAUGCCAUUUUGCAAAUAAACCCAGAUGCCUUCACGAUUGCAGAAAAGCUCGACGAAGAGCGCGACAGCGGCAAGGUCCGCGGUCCGUUACAUGGGAUCCCAUUUAUCGCAAAGGAUAAUAUAGGCACAAAGGACCGCAUGGAGACUACAUCUGGUAGCUGGGCGCUACUGGGAUCUAUCGUCCCGCGGGAUGCGUUUGUGAUACGCCAGUUACGUGAAGCAGGAGCUCUGUUGCUGGGAAAGGCCGCGUUGAGUGAAUGGGCCGACAUGAGAUCGAACAACUACUCGGAAGGCUACUCUGGUCGUGGAGGCCAGUGCCGCAGUGCUUAUAACUUGACGGUCAAUCCGGGAGGGAGUAGCUCUGGGUCUGGAGUCGCCGUUGGUGCCAACCUGGUCCCCUUUUCCCUGGGUACGGAGACGGAUGGUAGUGUAAUCAACCCAGCACAACGCAAUGCUAUAGUCGGUAUCAAACCCACAAUCGGCUUAACAUCGCGCAGCGGUACUAUCCCCGAGUCGUUGAACCAAGAUACCGUAGGCACAUUUGGGAAAACGGUGCGCGAUGCAACCUAUGCGCUAGACGCCAUCUAUGGUGUAGAUGAACGCGACACUGCUACAGAUUCGCAACAAGGGAAAACACCCUCUGGAGGCUACACUCAGUUUCUGAGUAACAGGACCAGUCUCCAGGGCGCAGUAUUCGGCCUUCCAUGGGAAUCCUUCUGGAAACUAGCUGACCCAGAGCAGCUAUCCCAGCUAAUGGAGCUUGUGGGUCUGAUAGAGGAAGCCGGCGCUACCAUAAUCAACGGAACUGAGUUACCGCAUCACCAAAAGAUUGUCCCGCCUACUGGUUGGGACUGGGAUUAUGGCACCGUGCGUGGUUAUGCCAACGAAUCCGAAUACACCUACAUCAAAGUCGACUUCUACAACAACAUCAAGGCAUAUCUUGCAGAGUUAGACAACACCUCCAUGCGCUCACUAGAGGAUUUAGUCGCGUACAACGCCGAGAACGCUGGCUCCGAGGGCGGACAACCUGACGUCCAUCCUGCGUUUGCUUCUGGACAAGACGGCCUCGAGGCAUCUCUAGCGACCAAAGGUGUGAUGGACGAAACCUACUGGCAGGCGCUUUCAUUCUGUCAUCGAACCACUCGCGAAGAAGGAAUCGACGCAGCUCUGCAACAUGGCGACCGCGUCUUGGACGGCCUUCUUGUCCCACCAGAUGUCGCUCAAAGCAUUCAGAUCGCAGCGCAGGCUGGAUAUCCAGUGAUUACUGUCCCGGCUGGCGUAAACCGCGCUUCUGGUAUGCCGUACGGACUGGCGAUCAUGCAUACGGCGUUUGCGGAACCGACAUUGAUCAAGUACGCGAGUGCUAUUGAGGAUUUGCAGAAGACUACGGAUACUCAGUGGAAGCGUACUUUGCCUGAGUGGCGUGGAUAUCGGACUCGUAAUAUUCCUGUAAUUAACGCAUAGAUGCACAUCUUAUGUACUCUUCGUGCUCACGAAGAUCAUGCGGCCAAAUAUAUCUCAGAAAUGGAUGACUGUUAGGACUGGGCAGAGGUGCUGCGUUUGUACUAUACGAUCAACCCUUGUAUUAGUUUCGCGAUUUUACGCGGACGAUCAAGUAGUAGGGUCAUUCUCGUGGCGUGAUGACUGCUUGCUGUGCCUACCAUAUUGAGAUCUGGUAUGAAAUGGCUAAUCGGAAUCCCCU